AUGUCCUUCUCUUCGCUAGUCUCGGAUAUCGCGUACCGGAACUCUGAACGUCCUGAGCGUCCUGACCUGCGUUCCCAAGUUUCCGAAGCGCGCUCUACGCGGUCCUAUGCUAGCACGGCUGCCACCAGCGUGAGCAUUUCUGGCGACAUCAAGAGCCAGUUACAUGGCGGUUACAGCCACCCGCUUUCGCGAGCAUGGCAGGCCGAAAGGCAACUUACCAAGUCCAUGCUCAUCUUCCCCCUCUUCAUAUCCGACCAGCCUGAUGAAGAGACGCUUAUUCCCUCCCUUCCCAACAUUCACCGCCGGGGCCUAAACAAGAUCGUGCCCUACCUUACGCCGCUUGUCGCAAAGGGCCUGAAGUCGGUCAUAUUAUUUGGCGUACCACUUGCGCCCACUGCAAAGGAUGCGCUCGGCACCAACGCCGACGACCCAAAGGGGCCUGUAAUCAAGGGUAUUCGACUGCUCCGACGAGCCUUCCCUGACCUCUUCAUCGUCGCCGAUGUCUGUCUCUGCGAAUACACUUCACACGGCCACUGUGGUAUCCUGCGCGACGACGGCAGUUUGAAUAAUGCCUUGUCGGUAGAGCGCAUUGCGGAUGUGGCUAUAUCAUAUGCACAGGCCGGUGCGCAUUGCGUUGCGCCCUCGGACAUGAAUGACGGUCGCAUACGCGCCAUCAAGCUGAGGCUGAUUGAAGCCGGAAUCGCACACCAAGUAGUACUCAUGUCCUACGCCGCAAAGUUCUCGGGCUGCUUGUACGGUCCCUUCCGUGAUGCUGCAGGCUCAGUACCCUCGUUCGGCGACCGACGAUGCUAUCAGCUACCACCUGGCGGCCGCGGACUGGCGCGACGAGCCAUUGUAAGAGACAUUGAUGAGGGCGCCGACAUAAUCAUGGUCAAGCCAGCCAACCAAUACCUUGACAUCAUCAGUGAUGCAAAGGAGAUUGGCAAGGACAUGCCAAUCGCGGCAUACCAAGUAUCUGGCGAAUAUGCCAUGAUUCACGCCGCGGCAGCAGCAGGCGUAUUUGAUUUGAGGCAGAUGGCAGAAGAGUCUACUCAGGGUAUCCUACGCGCAGGCGCUUCCAUAGUAGUCAGCUACUUCACACCCGAGUUCCUGGACUGGCUAAGCCACUGA